GUCCGUGCCUUCCACCAUGCCUUCAGCACCAACGACUGCUCGCGGAAUGUCUACAUCAAGAAGAAUGGCUUCACACUGCACCGCAACCCCAUCGCCCAGAGCACGGACGGGGCGCGGACCAAGAUUGGCUUCAGUGAGGGCCGCCACGCCUGGGAGGUGUGGUGGGAAGGCCCGCUGGGCACCGUGGCCGUCAUUGGCAUCGCCACGAAGCGGGCGGCCAUGCAGUGCCAGGGUUACGUGGCCCUGCUGGGGAGCGAUGACCAGAGUUGGGGCUGGAACCUGGUGGACAAUAACUUGCUGCAUAAUGGAGAGGUGAAUGGCAGUUUCCCCCAGUGCAAUAAUGCGCCAAAAUACCAGAUAGGUGAAAGGAUCCGAGUUAUCCUGGACAUGGAAGACAAAACAUUAGCUUUUGAGAGGGGCUAUGAGUUCUUGGGAGUUGCCUUCAGAGGACUGCCAAAAGUUUGUUUGUAUCCAGCAGUGUCUGCUGUGUACGGUAACACAGAAGUGACUUUGGUCUACCUGGGAAAACCUCUGGAUGGAUGAUGUGGAUUGUUUCGUUGGGACAUUGAGGUGUGGAUGGUUGGGAGGAGAAAUCUGCAUGUUGGUUAGAGGGAAACAUGUAUUAAAGGAAAACCAAAAAAGUGUGGGUGUGUGUCCAAGAACCAUCAAGGGGAUCACAUGGAGCUUUGAAAUGGAGGACCAGCCAUACUUCAGGAAUUGUGUUCCAUUUCCUCUUUCUACCAGGCCAGAAAAAUCCUCAGGGUUGCAGUUGGUUUAGUGGGAAGCUCACAUGUGCAUUUUGCAACAGAUUUCAUUGCUAAGAUGGCAGUGUGUGACCUUAUGUAUUUAAGAAAGGAUUUGAUACGAAAGUGCUUGAGGAAAUUAACCUGAGAUUUGUAAGUAGCGUGUUUUGUGAAAGACUCCCAUUUUAAAACUGCUUGUUCCUUCCCUCCCCUCCUUUGGGCCAGCGUGGGUACUGGAGGAGAGCAAGUCUGGUUGGGUUUU